AUGCGGCCAAACUUCGAUUCCUCCUCCUCCCAACAUAACCCGCCUUAUUUUCCAACCAUGUGUCCGCCACAACAGCCGCAAAAUAAUUUUGGCGAGGAUCUUAACGUCAGUGAUUAUGAUUUACUGCAAAGUAUUUGGUCUCCUCCACAAGCUACCGCUUCUAGUCAAGAAAAUCCUCCAACAUCAGAUGCAACACAACAAAAUCCUCCAACAACAGAGACCGAACAACCAUAUGGUUUUGGUCAUGAGGAAAAAUUCAUUAACAAUACCAUUGUUACACUCAUUCCGAAGCACCCUAAUUCUACUAAGGUUAGUGAGUACAUACCUAUCUCGUGUUGUACCACCAUUUACAAAAUUAUCUCCAAGAUUAUGACUAGUUGGCUGAGCAAGGUUCUCGGUAGUACUAUUGAUGUUAGCCAGACAGCUUUUGUUCCUGGGCUCAACAUUCACGACCAUAUCCUCUUGUCUUUUGAGCUUCUGAAAGACUACACAAGAAGAAUGGUUCUCCCAAAUGCAUAUUGCAAAUGGAUCUUAAGAAGGACUACAAUACGGUUGAGUGGCGUGGUCUUGAAAGAAUUCUUAGAGAGUUAA